GGAACGCCUUCAAGAUAAGGGUGACCAAUCACUUUGUGUAGUACAACACCCUGCAUCUCUAUAAAGCAUCAGCUGCAUCUCCGCUUGUAGACAUACGCUUCUAGAUACCCAACUCAACAGGCAAAGAUGGCGAUCAUUACAGUGUGGACAUUUCUUCUGUUGACCUCUGGUGUGGCCGGAGAGAUGAAAACGGGUGGUGGUCGCUCUGUCUCUCCUCCGAUUCCCCUGAACAUGGCCCCUGACUCUGUUGACGACAUGUACAACGGCUGUGGAAAGGAAAUGUCCGGGCUGGUAGAGAACAAAUAUCUUGAGGAGGAGAAAAACACAACUACAAACUUCAAUGCUUCCUGGACAAUGGCAGAAAGGUGUGCAAGAAACAAGACCAUUAGAGACAAUCUUAAACUGAAGCAUGUCCAGGCUAUCUGUGCUUACACUGCAGGACAACCAACAAUAUACAAAGAUUUUAACCAAGCAUGUUUUACCAACAAGAGCAUCUACACCUCUGCCUUCAAGUUCCACUCCCUGCAUUUCCUGCUGACUGAAGCUAUUCUCCUCCUGAAACAAAAUCCAGACCAACGGAGCUGUUGCACCACAUACAGAAGAACUAAAUUGAACUUUACAGGUGAAGUGAACAAGGAAAUCCGUUUUGGCUCAUUUGCCUCCAGCUCUUUCUUAAAGAACUUGACACAUUUUGGAGAGAAGUCCUGCUUUGAGAUAAAUACAUGUUUUGGCGCUUCCCUCAAAUCCUACCCAGCGAUGGGAGAUUAUGAAAAGGAGGUGUUGAUUCCACCCUAUGAAGUGUUCAACAUUACAGCCGUAAUCAAGAAAGAAGAAGUGAAGGAUCUUUGGUGUGAUGUUGUGUACAAACUACAGGGUAACAAAACACUGAGUGACCUGAAUUGCAAAAUGGUCAAGUCACUCCAAAUAGGGUGAAAUAAAACCAGCACAUCUGCUCUCCUACAGUCGGUAAAACAUCAUCAGCAGGUUACAGUACACCCUUCCUCAAGUUCCUUUCAUCAUAAAUAGAGAAUGAUCAAUCAUUCCCAAAUCUCAGCUGUUAUGCUACUGUCAACAUGGCGUGAUUUGCAUUGCUUGCUCAAUUAAGGCAUGUUUUGCACAUAUUAGGAUUCUUCUUUUAUGAUAUUGUUGACAUUGUUCAGCAUGUGCAUGCAGCUUUUGCUUUGGUCAAUAAAUAAAACAUGAUUAUAUGUGAUAGAUUGGAAAUUAAAUGAAAGUAGUGUUAGGUUAAGCUCUUUGUGUAUGAGAAGAGUAUAAUGAUUUAGUGGACUGCAGUGGACUGUAGGAAUGUGUACUCCCAAUAACUCUCCUGACUGAUAAGUCCUGUGGUGUGCACGGAGGAGCAUGGAGAAAUCCUGGCUGAUGUUAAAGUAGUGAAGUACAUCUUUGUGGAAGGGAGGGGGUGAGGUCUAAGUGUAUAAGUGGACACUGCACUGUAUUGAAUGUACUGUAUUCCGAUGUGCAUCUUCACUGAGUAAACAUUUGAAACGUCA